AUGGGCCCCAGUGCUCCCCAUCACCCCAUGUCCCCAUCUGUCUGUGUCCCCAUGUCCCCAUCUGUCUGUGUCCCCAUGUCCCCAUCUCCCUGUGUCCCCAUGUCCCCAU